GCUGGAAGGGGCGCCUUGUUUCUCGGUCCCUCGGAAGGCGGCGGCGGAGCAGUUCGUGCAACAUGUCGAUAGAAAUCGAGUCCUCCGAUGUUAUCCGACUAAUCAUGCAGUAUCUGAAGGAGAACAGCCUUCAUCGAGCCUUGGCCACCCUGCAGGAGGAAACCACCGUGUCUCUGAACACAGUGGACAGCAUUGAGAGCUUCGUGGCAGACAUUAACAGUGGCCAUUGGGAUACAGUACUGCAGGCCAUUCAGUCACUGAAGCUGCCAGACAAAACACUCAUUGACUUGUAUGAGCAGGUUGUUUUGGAAUUGAUAGAGCUUCGUGAACUGGGUGCUGCCAGAUCUCUCCUGAGACAAACUGACCCAAUGAUCAUGUUAAAGCAAACCCAGCCAGAGCGCUAUAUUCACCUUGAGAACCUUUUGGCGAGGUCCUAUUUUGAUCCACGUGAGGCAUACCCAGAUGGAAGCAGCAAAGAGAAGCGGAGAGCUGCCAUUGCCCAAGCUUUGGCUGGAGAAGUCAGUGUUGUGCCCCCAUCUCGUCUUAUGGCACUGUUGGGACAGGCACUGAAGUGGCAACAGCAUCAGGGGUUGCUUCCUCCUGGUAUGACAAUUGAUCUGUUCAGAGGCAAAGCAGCUGUCAAAGAUGUUGAAGAGGAAAAGUUCCCCACACAACUGAGUAGGCUUAUUAAGUUUGGCCAAAAGUCCCACGUGGAAUGUGCUCGAUUUUCCCCUGAUGGUCAGUAUCUUGUCACUGGCUCUGUUGACGGAUUCAUUGAAGUAUGGAACUUCACCACUGGGAAAAUCAGGAAGGAUCUGAAGUAUCAGGCACAGGAUAACUUUAUGAUGAUGGAUGAUGCCGUGCUGUGCAUGUGUUUCAGCAGGGAUACGGAAAUGUUAGCAACUGGCGCACAAGAUGGGAAGAUCAAGGUGUGGAAGAUUCAGAGUGGGCAGUGUCUGAGGCGAUUUGAAAGAGCACACAGUAAAGGCGUCACGUGCCUGAGUUUUUCAAAGGAUAGCAGUCAAAUUCUUAGUGCCUCUUUUGACCAGACAAUCAGGAUCCAUGGCUUGAAAUCUGGAAAGACUCUCAAAGAAUUUCGUGGUCAUUCUUCAUUUGUUAACGAAGCUACUUUUACGCAGGACGGCCAUUACAUUAUCAGUGCAUCCUCUGACGGCACUGUGAAGGUUUGGAAUAUGAAGACCACAGAGUGCUGUAACACCUUCAAAUCACUCGGCAGCACAGCUGGGACAGACAUCACUGUGAACAGUGUGAUUGUGCUGCCUAAAAAUCCAGAACACUUUGUUGUUUGCAACAGAUCAAAUACCGUUGUCAUUAUGAACAUGCAGGGACAAAUUGUGAGAAGCUUCAGCUCCGGUAAGAGGGAAGGCGGUGACUUUGUCUGCUGUGCCCUUUCUCCCCGAGGCGAGUGGAUCUACUGUGUGGGUGAAGACUUUGUGCUCUACUGUUUCAGCACAGUGACUGGCAAGCUGGAGAGAACUCUGACAGUUCAUGAAAAGGAUGUAAUCGGUAUCGCUCACCAUCCCCACCAGAACUUGAUUGGCACCUAUAGUGAAGAUGGGCUGCUGAAGCUGUGGAAACCAUAGAACUGAAUUUUAAUUUCCUCCGGUGCAUGACUCUUGAAUGCAAGGGAAGUGUGUAUGUGGGGUGGUUCCCUUCUGUUCUUGAACGGUCCAAAAGAGUUAAUUUAUACAAUAUUUCAUAUUCAGGUAUCCCAAGAAAGAAGCAUACAUUUCUUUUCAGGUAAAUGUAAUGCUAGUUAGUACAGAAGUUGCCCAGGUAGCAAAAGCAGUUAAGUUUAAAAGAAAGUAACUUUUCCUGUCAGAUGCUUCCUUUUUGUUGCUUAUUAUGGAAAUUAACCAUAAUUCAGUUUUUUGAAUUAAAGUGAAAUACAAAAUUAAGGAAAACAAAAACAUGGAGUCUUACUCUAAAAUUACUUAACUAGAGUUCUGUGUCUUAACAUGAUAUGGAAUUAAGGUGCAUUAUACUUAAAAUAGGCAUGUUCCAGCCAAACCUAAACACUUUAAAUGAAUUUGUGGCAACAUUCUUGUGGCUUUUUCUGCUCUGGGCAAAAUAUUUAACUUCAGUUUUGUGUUAGAAUAUAGAUUUGUCCUUAUUAGUAAGAAACUAGGUUGUCAUGAAGUUUUAUAGGCUUUUUAAUAUCACAAGAGAUGUCUGGGCCUCACAGUGGGCAAAUAAGCUUUAUCCAGCUUUUUUCAGAAAAGUGUAUAGUCAUCUGAAGCCUUCUUGGAUAAUUAAUUUUGUUGUUUAGUGAUUAUUUUCUGAUUUUUAGAUUUAUGCAGUUUUUAUUUAGAACCAUUUGUUUGGUUGUUUCUUUUCUAAGUCUACAAUAAAAUCUCAUUACAAAGACA